AUGGUCCUACUUAUAGCUCUGGGGCUCUUCAUAGUGGCGAUCUGCCUUGUUGUCCUCUGCCUAACAUACAGCACAUUAGGAAGGAACACUGAAGUCCAUAAAGUCCAAAACAAUGGGACACGUGUGGACAGUCUGACACUGGCCUCCAUCAACACUGACUUUGCCUUCAGCCUCUACAAGGAGCUGGUGUCGAAGAAUCCAGAUAAAAAUAUUCUCUUCUCUCCACUCAGCAUUUCAGCUGCCUUGGCCAUCCUAUCCCUAGGAGCAAGCAGUAACACCCUGGAAGAGAUUCUAGAAGGUCUCAAGUUCAAACUGACAGAGACCCCUGAGGCAGACAUCCACCGGGGUUUUGGGCACCUCCUCCACAUGCUCAGCCAGCCAGGGGACCAGGUGAAGAUCAGAACAGGUAGUGCCAUGUUUGUUGAAAAGCACCUGCAGAUCCUGGCAGAGUUCAAGGAGAAGGCAAGGGUUCUGUACCAGACUGAGGCCUCCACAGCUGACUUCCAGCAGCCUUUUGAGGCCAAAAAGCUCAUCAAUGACUAUGUGAGCAAACAGACCCAUGGGAAGAUCAAGGAACUGAUCUCAGACCUGGAUGAGAAAACAUUAAUGGUGCUGGUGAAUUACAUCUAUUUUAAUGGAAAAUGGAAGAUGCCCUUUGACCCUGAAGAUACUUUCGAGUCCAAGUUCCACUUGGGCAAGAGAGGGACUGUGAAGGUGCCUAUGAUGAAAAUUGAGGACCUGACCACACCCUACUUCCAGGAUGAGGAGCUGUCCUGCUCUGUGGUGGAGCUGAAGUACACAGGCAAUGCCAGCGCCCUGUUCAUCCUCCCUGAUGAAGGCAGGAUGCAGCAGGUGGAAGCCAGCUUGCAGCCAGAGACCCUGAGGAAGUGGAAGGACUCUCUGAGGCCCUGGAUGAUCGAUGAGCUCUACAUGCCCAAGUUCUCCAUCUCCAGUGACUACAGCUUGGAGAAAAUCCUUCCACAGCUAGGCAUCAGGGAAGUCUUCUCCUUACAGGCUGACCUGUCUAGAAUAACAGGGGCUAAGAACCUGACAGUCUCUAAGGUGGUCCACAAGGCUGUUCUGGAUGUGGCUGAGACAGGCACAGAAGCAGCUGCCGCCACAGGAGUCAAAAUCACCCUUAAGUCUGGAAAAUGGCACCCAAUGACUGUCAGUUUCAACAGGUCAUUCCUGAUGAUUGUCUCCGACACAAAUACUCAAAUUGCACUCUUUAUAGCCAAAGUCACAAAUCCCAAGGAAAACUAG